AUGAGUGGUCUUACUGCAUUGAGCGCACCUGGGCUCUUCUUGACGGGCGUUCGGUACUUUGAACUCAUUCAACUCGGGCGCAACUUCCAGGACGACUUUGGCAUAUGCGUUUUGCAGCUACGCCACGUACAGCGGCGCUUCUACCGAUGGGGCGAGUCUGUCGGCAUUACCGACCAGGAGUCACCAGCCUACCGAUUGGCGACCCAUGAUCGCUCUGAUGAUCUUGAUCUCGUGGAUGAGACUUUGGAGGCUAUUGUCGAGCAGCUGAGCCGAGCACAAAAGGAUGCAGCUGGGUAUGCUAGACGGCUUACAAAGACUUCGCUUGGCAACGCGGUCGAGGAGCUUGACAUCCUGGAUGAAGACGCGCAGCUUGCAUCAGACACCUCAAUCGGUUCCCGCAGUGCAACUAGACUGCGCAACAGCAGAGUGGGCAAAGCGUAUCGCAGGUCGCUGCAUUUUGGAGAUGUACUGACCGGUCGGACUCAAUGGGCACUCUACAAGAAGACAGAAUUCUCCGAUCUGCUUACCAAAAUUACGAACCUCCUCAAUGAGCUCGAGAAAGCCUUGCCUGGAAAGCUCGAGGAUGUCGCAAGGGUUGACGCCCAACAACUUCUCGUCGACGAGGAUGGCGUCGAGGCACCAGCCGAGGAAGUUGGGACGAUUAUCGAUGUUUCUGUGAAUACAGAUCCUGUCUUCUCAGCUGCUCUGAACUCGAUAACUGCCAAACAUGGCCACGUCUUUGAAAGCAUGAUCUACAAGGGCUAUGCGCGGGCACACAAUGGCGACAACUAUGCUACGAUUCCUAUUGGCGGUGUCGCAUCGUCCGGCACUUACAGGAAGAUUGUAGCUGGCGGCAAUUCUCGAACCCAUCUUGGAAACAACUACGGUUAUGCUCAGCAGUCUUCAGUUCUGUUGCAAGAGGAUCGUUCUGCUAAAAAUUCCGGUUCCAGGAAUUCAAUUCCACCAGCAGAAGGAUAA